UACCGUAGUUCAAUCGAACGAAGGAUUGAGCUUGAUGCCCGACUUUAAGGCAGUUGUUCUCGCUAUAUGUCAUUAUGUGGUGGCUUCUAUGGCUUGCUAAUUUGAUUGUAGUUUCGUGCAGCGAUAAAUCUUGCAAGGAAGCUUCCUAUCAGUGCGAACGUGACUUGGAAGGAUGCGGGUCGGCACUCAACAAAAUUUUUCACAGAGCAGAGUGUCUUCAUGCGUUAGGUCUCAAGGACCAUGAAACGGUCGGGAUCCAAAUACGUAGACCGAUGGCUAAGACCUGUCCACUGACCUGUGUGAGUGCGAUCAACAACCUAACUGCUACGAAUGGAGGUAAAGCGAUGGAAACAUGUGACUGUGAGAGAGACUCGACGUGUCUAACAGUGAAGGCACGCUUGAAGCGAUGCGUACUCAGUCGAACUACAAAUUACACUAUGUUUAGUUGCACUCAGGCUAGAAAACGAUGUAAUAACGACAAGGAUUGUAAACGAAUACAAGAGAACUUCCUGAGGCGAUGUACAAAGCUUAUUUCAGGUGUGGGAUGCACAAAGGAUUGUUUAGACAGCCAAGACGAAUUGCUGAAUUCAGAUCUGGGCAAAGCUCUGAACGAGUGCGAGUGUGAUGGGUUCGAGGAGCCGUAUUGCCGUGGUAUUCGGGCAAACUACGAGGAACUGUGCGUAGGACCUAGAGGGCCUCGCAAUUCGGAUGCUAGUCCUACCCCUGCUCCAACAGAGUAUAUGGUACAGAAAUUUAUACAUUCUGGACAAAGUCACUUAGCCAAUACACAAUUUGAGCUUCCUGUAUGGAGUCUGUAUGCAGCAAUCACGGCAUACAUGUUCUUCAAUCUAUAACCGUAUUGUUUACUUUCACGGCGACAAUUUGCUUCUUAUAAAACAGACUUUGGACAGAAGCUGUUCAAUAGGAAACUGGAAAUUUGUCCGUCAGCUUUCAUUGCUUCAUUCGUGUUGUUUUUAUAAAUGUUGUAACUGCUCCAAUUGUUAUCCAGUUGUGCCAUGCGUUUUCAAUCGCCGUUCACAGCACUGUCAACAGCGCGUUCAUGCUGACAAAAAAAUCCUUUCGGAAGAAUUGUACAAAGCUAUUCAUUUUGUUCAAAUAUCUUUUGGAUUAUUGCUAGGGUUGUUGAUAAUUUUAAAGUUCAAUCAAGCUUAUCAAGUGUGUAUAUAGCAUUUUGGAAUUUAGAUUAUAUUUUGGUUAAGUUUACCAUGAAGUCUCCCGGCGUAACGCUGGGCGACAUACGCGGCGUUAUGAGAAGAAAACAGAAGAGAUUUGAUUAGCGUAGCGAUUUGAGUUCAUCUUACUUAAGGACGUUUGGACGAGAUAGCAUCAAUUGUUACCAGUCAAUUGUGAUCAAUGCGUUCUUUGCGUAAUCCUUACACGACAACUAUUUGACAAACUCGGUUUGUUGUGUCUUUUCGACAUGAAUUGUACGCUUUAAGCAAACCAUUAAGGAAUGCUUGAAAUAACGCCUUUAUUGUUAUAAUCUCGAGGUCGUCUAGGCUAUUCUCCGCCAUGAGUAAGGUCAUUCUAGAUAGGCAUUUAUAUCGGCUAAUCGAGCACUAGAGAGUUUCAUAUCGUGGAUUAGCAUGCGAUAAUACCCGUAGAUAUUUCCCUGUAUUUACUCACCGUUUUUCACGGUUAUGUGAAAGAAAAAUCCUUUAGAAAUGACGAAGCCGUUUCUCCCAUUGCAAUCAAACUGAAGUGUCCCGAGAGCAAAAGAAAUUCUGCAAACGAUUUUAAUUUGAAUUAAUUCAAAUUACAUUGUAUUUCGAGAUAUUUAAUGUACUGAAAUAAAAAGGAAUAAUCUAUGUGAGCUCACAUGCCCUUAAAAAUAAACGUUAUAUCCUACGGAAAUCAAAUGCGAAAUUUUGCUCUGUUCGAGGAAAUAAGCAUGCUACUAAAAAAAUAUAUUAGUAAUUAUAGCAAUAAAAAUCAUAUUUCGA